AUGAGUGGGACUACAAACCUUGAGUUGGGCAAAAUAUAUUCCGAUCGUUUAGCGUCUAAUCAGUGGUCUCGUGAUAUUUACUCACAACGUAAAGCACCGGGAUUUGCUCACAAUGUUUGUAAUCUAAUGCGGAAUCCUUUCCAAAACGCUUCUGGUCUUCAAGUUCUUGAAUUUUUUAAAUCAAUGGUUUCAGAGCACGAUGUGUAUUUCCCUAACGAGUAUAUAUCUUCAUUGGUGCUUUCGUCUUGUGUAAACUCUGGGCACCUUUUAUUUGGCACACAAUGUCAUGGGUAUAUGUUAAAAUCUGGAUUAGUGUUCAAUAAGUACAUGGAAAACGCUCUUGUGUGCUUGCAUUCCAUGUUGCCGGAUGUGGUAGGGGCUAUGCAUGUUAAAGCUUCUAAUGAUAGAUUGGAUAUCCGCUCUUAUAAUCUUAUGUUGGAUGAACUUGUCGAGAAAGGUUACUUGGAUGAGGCAUUGAGUUUCUUAAAGAGAAUGUCUGUUGUAGAUAAGGUGUGGAACAAAGCAACUUAUAUUGGUCUCUUUGGUCUUUGUUGUAAACUUAGUGAUUUGGACUUGGGGCGUGAAGUACACAACAAGCUGCUAAAAAGUAAUGUCGAGUUUGAUGUGUCUGUAUGCAGCGAAAUGAUCCAGAUGUAUGGGAUAUGUGGAGAUAUUUUAACUGCUGCAAAAGUUUUUGACAUGUAUGAAGUUCAAAACGUGGUUAUAUGGACAGCAAUGUUGGCGGCUUUAUCGUUAGAAUUGUUUUCGGAUAUGCAGCAUGAGAAUGUUGCUCCAAAUGAAUAUACGUUUUGUGUACUACUCGAUGCAUGUGCUAAAAUAUUAUAUUUGAGAUACGGUAGUUCGCUGCAUGCAUUUGCACAUAAGACUGGAUUCAAGGAUCAUAAGAAUGUCGAGAGUGCCUUGAUUGACAUGUACGCGAGGAGUGGUGACAUUAAAGCUGCUGAAAAGGUGUUUUUAGGUACGACUUAUCGUGAUACUUUAACCUGGAAUAUCAUGAUCGGUGGAUAUGCGUAUCAUGGCCUUGGUAGCAAGUCGUUGGCCUUGUUUAAAAAAAUGUUGGAAAAAGGAGAAGAACCUGAUUCUUUGAGUUUUAUCUGUGUUCUCAAUGCCUGUGAACAUAUGGGGCUUGUGGAAGAAGGGUACUACUAUUUGUACGAGUUCAUGGAACAGAAGGGUGUCAAACCUGGUUUAGAGCACUAUAUGUGUAUCAUUAGUAUUCUAAUAAGGGCUGCACGACUAAGAGAAGCUUUAAGUUUUAUUGCAUCGACACCAUUGAAAUGGCAUGCAUGUGCUUGGGUGGCCUUGCUCAAUGGUUGUCAGGAACAUCAAAACUCCUCUCUGUUCAACCGAAUUGAAGAGUUGAUCCCUCAUGAUCUGACGCCUAAGGUGAACAACGAGGACCCAGAGUUUGAUAAGCUUGAUGACGUAAUGAAGCCGAUGUUUGAAGCUAUUAAUGACGACUCAGCUAAUCUUGAUGACAUUGAAGUUUCGGAUGGAAUGAAAGAAGAUCGCUCUGAUUAUCAUAGCGAGGAGGUUGCAGUAGCUUAUGCCCUGCGAUACAGUGGCUUGCUUCUUCCUCGUUACUUUAAGCAGAACCGAAUUACAUUAGAUGCUAAUUAUGAUGAAUCUGAACACAGAAGUGAAAUGACAAAGAAUUCUUUAGAGAGAUAUACUCACUAUUAUGAACGUUGGGCUACUAACCAAUCGAUAUACAAGGGCAUAAUUUCGAGGCAAAAAGCACUUGCGGAUUUACUGCAUAUGCAAACAGUUCAUAUAGUUGAAUGUAGGUGUGUGUUAAACUGGACAUAUGCGUAUGGGGAUGUAGCUUUAGAACAAGUAGAACAAUUACAAUAUUAUCCUCCAGGGAACAAAUAG